AGAAAAAUUAACUCUUUGAAUCAACCCCAUUUUAAAAGUUAUCUGAGUUGAUAGACUUACGAGAAUUCAAAGAUCUGUAACUCUUUUUUCCAGGCUUUGACGCGUCUUUGAAGUUGAAGGUCAAGUGGACUAUUUAUUUAUUCCUAGAGCCUAAAGGUGUUGGACUAGCCUGCCCAAGACUUUUUAUUGAUUCCUGCAAAUCUACAACAUAUGGGUUUGGCCUAUAACAUCAGUUUCACUUCCUUGAGAACAAAUAGCUUUAAGAAAACAGAUUCAGAAACUACAACAUUAUCAAAUGGGUGUAAUCAAACGAGCACUGAGACUUCGAGCCGCUUGAGGGAUUGCAAACCUGAAGAUAUUGUCCUUGAGAGGAAUCUUUCAUUCAAGAAUAUAGUUCAAGAUCAAGAGACCUUGGGUGUGGAUGCUUUUGAUGUGUUGAAACACAAGCCAAUUCCCACACUUUCUCUACCUGAAUCAGUGGUAUUUUUUUCGCCGAGACCCGUGAGUGAGCUUGAUGCUGCUGCAGUUAAGCUCCAAAAGGUCUAUAAGAGUUACCGAACUCGAAGAAAUCUUGCAGAUUGUGCAGUGGUGGUAGAGGAGCUAUGGUGGAAGGCAUUGGACUUUGCAGCUCUCAAGCGGAGUUCUGUGUCAUUUUUCAAUGUUGAAAAACCAGAAACUGUUGUUUCAAAGUGGUCAAGGGCAAGGACUAGAGCAGCCAAGGUUGGAAAAGGUUUGUCCAAGGAUGAGAAGGCUCAAAAACUAGCCCUGCAACACUGGCUUGAAGCUAUUGACCCACGCCAUCGAUAUGGGCACAAUUUACACUUCUAUUAUGAUAUCUGGUUUGAAAGCGAGAGCGUUCAACCUUUCUUCUAUUGGCUGGAUGUCGGGGAUGGCAAAGAAAUAAAUCUCGAGAAAUGCUCGAGGACUGUUCUACAUCGCCAAUGCAUCAGAUAUCUUGGACCUAACGAAAGGGAAGCCUAUGAAGUAAUAGUGGAAAAUGGGAAGCUUUUAUUUAGGCAAAGUGGAAUAUUUGUGGAAACCACAGAAGGUUCUAAAUGGAUAUUCGUGCUGAGCACAACGAGAGCUUUGUAUGUUGGUCAGAAGAAGAAAGGUGUGUUCCAACAUUCAAGCUUUCUAGCCGGGGGUGCGACAACAGCAGCUGGAAGAUUAGUUGCCCAUGAUGGGGUUCUUGAGGCUAUUUGGCCAUACAGUGGUCAUUAUCACCCUACAGAAGAGAACUUCAGGGAAUUCAUUAGCUUUCUUGAAGAGAACCAUGUAGAUCUUACCAAUGUUAAGAGGUACUCAAUUGAUGAUGACAAUCCAGAACCAAUUCUGGCUCAUGCUAAAUCUUCGCGAUCAGACAUUGCAAAUGCAAUUGAUGUAGAUGGCAGUGUAAAGAGGGCUAAAAUCACAACCACUAAUGAAGAAGAAACUAAGAGUGCUAGUGAUGCUAAAGCAAAGGCACCAGUGUUUGACUUGAGCAAGAGAUUAUCUUGCAAAUGGACCACAGGAACUGGACCCCGAAUUGGGUGUGUCCGAGACUAUCCUACUGAGCUACAAACAAGAGCACUGGAACAAGUUAACCUAUCACCUAAGGUGGCUAAUGGGCCCUUUGUUAACUACGGCCCAAUUCCUUCUCCAAGGCCCAGUCCAAAAGUCAGGCUCUCCCCAAGGCUUGCAUACAUGGGACUCCCUAGCCCAACUCCAAGGACCCCAAUUCCAGCAGCUAAUUAAGCUAAUUCACCAAAGGUGGGAUUAACUUGGGUCAUUGAUUAAGGGCACUUCUAGUGCCCCACAGUUUGGGGUCUCCUCUAGCAAAUGAGGCCAUGAGGAGACAUAAGGGAACAACUUGAUUUUAACUUUUAAUUCUUUCACACAGUUUAUUGGUUCAUUUUUUUUUUCCCCAUGGCUUAAUCCAGCCAAAUUAAUGGGUUUUUUAUACUCCCAAUUUUUGCUGUAUUUUGAGUUGGGAUUUAUUGAUUUUUUGUUGUAAACACAAAGUUAAGUUUAUGAAUAUAUCAAUAUACAUCUUGAUUAUUGACUUAAACAA